GUGUUGCCCUCAGCGGGCGACUGACUGAGCGCCAGUUUGACAACAUUAAAGAAGCACGUACGAGUCACACUUUCUCUCUCUAUUGUUUUUUUUUUUUUUUUUAACCACUGUUUCCACUUUUCGAAGCGGAACAGCGCGACCCUCACGGCGGAACGCCGUACUUCUGUAAAAGAAACCACGCGCCAUCGCGCGCUCUUCGCUGCUCGUUCACGCCACGCGGAGGCGCGUCACCGUCGGGAGCGCGGUGCGCAUUUCCGCAGCAACGGGGAAGAUGGCUGCGCUCACGUCGCUCACUCAGCUUUCAAGUGGGAACCCAGUGUAUGAGAACUAUUAUAGACAGGUUGACCCAGGAAAUACAGGAAGGGUGGGCCCUACAGAAGCAGCACUGUUCCUGAAGAAAUCAGGGCUCCCUGACAUCACCUUGGGAAAGAUUUGGGACUUGGCAGAUCCAGAUGGAAAGGGCUUUUUGGACAAACAGGGCUUUUACGUUGCUUUGAGGCUGGUGGCAUGUGCACAGAAUGGUCAAGAAGUCAGUCUUUCCAGCCUGAACCUCACUGUACCCCCUCCUAAAUUUAAAGACACUAGCAGUCCGUCACUAAGUACAUCAUCUUCAAGUGAUUCUCACUGGGCUGUAAGACCAGAAGAAAAAGGGAAAUUUGAUGGGAUUUUUGAAAGUCUCGCCCCAGUGAAUGGACUCCUGUCUGGUGAGAAGGUUAAACCAGUACUUAUAAACUCCAAACUACCUCUUGACGUGCUUGGAAGGGUUUGGGAUCUCAGUGACAUAGAUAAAGAUGGACACUUGGAUAAAGAUGAGUUUGCAGUGGCGAUGCACCUUGUGUACCGUGCACUGGAGAAAGAGCCUGUGCCCCCUGUCCUGCCCUCUUCCCUUGUCCCUCCAUCUAAGAGGAAGAAACAGGCUGUCAACCUUCCUGGGUCUGUGCCAGUGCUGCCUGCCAGCCCUCCACCGCCCAAAGAUAGCCUACGCUCAACCCCAUCACAUGGGAGCAUUAACUCCUUGAAUAGUGCUGGCAGUCUCUCCCCAAAGCACACACUCAAGUCCUCCCAGCAUUCUGUCAACUGGGUGGUCCCGGUAGCAGACCGAAGUCGAUACGAUGACAUCUUCCUGAAGACGGAUGCCGACAUGGACGGCUUUGUCAGUGGCCAGGAAGUGAAAGAGAUAUUCAUGCAGUCAGGGCUGCCUCAAAACAUGCUGGCGCACAUCUGGGCCCUGGCCGACACCAGGCAGAUUGGGAAACUGACUAGGGAGCAGUUCUCCCUCGCCAUGUACUUCAUCCAGCAGAAAGUGAGCAAAGGCAUAGAUCCUCCCCAAGUGCUGACGCCUGAGAUGAUUCCCCCUUCCGAGAGGGGCACGCCUGUAGCUAGCCUUUCAGGGUAUAUGACUCCAGUAGGAUCUGAAAUGGCUGCUCUAACUGACAUGCGCCGUGACAGCACCAGUUCGGUGGGAUCAGGCGAGUUCACUGGGAUCAAAGAGCUGGAUGACAUCAGCCAGGAGAUAUCACAGCUGCAGAGGGAAAAAUAUACACUGGAACAAGAAAUCAGGGAGAAGGAGGAGGCUAUCAGGCAUAAGUCAACUGAGGUCCAGGAGCUACAGAAUGACCUGGACAGAGAGACUUGCAGCCUGCAGGAGCUGGAGGCCCAGAAACAAGAUGCCCAGGACCGGCUGGAGGAGAUGGACCAGCAGAAGGCUAAGCUGGAGGACAUGCUCAAUGAUGUCCGACAGAAGUGCCAAGAGGAGUCCCAAAUGAUCUCCUCCCUGCAGGCACAGAUCCACUCGCAGGAGUCCAGCCUGCAAAGCCAGGAAGAGGAGCUGAGUCGGGCCAAGGCAGACCUGAACCAGCUACAGCAGGAGGAGGCACAGCUAGAGCAGAGCAUCCAGGCUGGCAAGGUGCAGCUGGAGACCAUCAUUAAGUCCCUCAAAUCAACACAGGAGGAGAUCAACCAGGCCCGCAACAAGCUCUCUCAGAUCCAGGACAGCCAACAGGAAGUGACCAAGAGCAUCGAGCAGUACAACAGCACAUUGAAUGGCACCCACGGUGGCAGCAUGACCAACCUGGCUGACAUGAGUGAGGGCUUCCCAGAGAAGGAGAACGGAGCCCUGGGCACCAUGGAUGACCCAUUCAAGGCCAAGACAUCAAUGUUUAACAGCAAUGCUCAGGAGCUGCACACAGACCCCUUUCACUCUGAGGACCCCUUCAAGUCAGACCCUUUCAAAGGGGACCCUUUCCAAACUGAUCCAUUUGCAAAGCAGGCACCAACCAAUGCAGAUCCAUUUGGGGGAGACCCAUUCAAAGAAAGUGACCCUUUCAAGACGUCGUCUGAAGACUUUUUCAAAAAGACAGUCAAGAUGGACCCCUUUACAUCAUCUGACCCCUUCAGUAAAAGUGCUACACUCCCAUCCAAGACAAGCCACUUUACCAGCAGUGACCCCUUCACCUCUACUAGCCCAAAACCAAAAGGCUCAGAUCCCUUUGGAACACUUGACCCUUUUGGAGGUAGCUCCUUUGGCAGCAACAGUGGUUUUGCAGACUUCAGCCAGAUGUCCAAGGGAUUUUCAGAGGACCCCUUCAGCAGAAACCAAGACACCCCAGCAUUGCCACCCAAGAAAACUGUCCCACCCAGACCCAAACCUCCCAGUGGUAAAAGUACUCCAGUAAACCUGCCUGGAUCGGCGGAUAUGUCCAAGCCGAGCGAUCCUUUCCAGCCUUUUGGUGCUGAUGGCAGCGACCCAUUUCAAAGUAAAAAGGGGUUUGGAGACCCGUUUAGCGGCAAAGAUCCUUUUGCUCCUUCCUCCUCAAGUAAAGCUUCUAAAGACUCUUCCUUGGGUUUUGCAGACUUCAGCUCUUUUGGCAAUGAAGCACAGCAGCUGGAGUGGGCAAAGCGCGAGAGCGAGCGGGCAGAGCGGGACCGGCUAAAGCGCUUGCGUCAACAGGAACAAGAAGACUUGGAGCUUGCCAUUGCCCUCAGCAAGGCGGAAAUGUCCAAUGCAUGAGGAACAUGUGCCACCCCACCACCUGCACUACGCACAGCACUACAUCUGUCAGAAUAAACAUACUCGAUAAAAAGUGAGGGAGCGGCUGAAAUGUUUUAAAAUGGGGGGGAAAGCUCUAGCCUUUGCCCCUUUUCGGGAGGGAUGGGGAGGUCCAGCAAUCAGUCUCUUUUAAAUUUUAUUUCAUGUUUGGUGGGGGUGAUCUGUGGUCUGUUAAAAUGUGAUAUUCACUUGUAUAAACUGUACUAUAGUAGCUGAGUGAUGUUUUAAUUUAAAGAGAAAGGCUUUCUGUGCGUCACGAACUCAGUGGCUGUUAUAAUGCCAGGAGAAUAAGAGGGAUCCUCUCACCGUUCAUAUUAGCUCUUAAAGAUCAGUCAGGGAAGGCUGUUUGGGGCUAUGUUCAUGAAUUAAGACUGGACAAACCUAGCUAUGUGUGCACAUAACUGAGAACUUAGAACCACACAACUGCACGGCAGGACAGAAAGAGACAAAUUCUGUCUUACGAAAUGGUUCCUGAAAGUUGUUUGAAACUGUUAGUGAAUGGGAUUUCAGCUUUUGAACAAAUUGUACAGAUAUAUAUUUUUCCUCCUGUUGUUGGCAGACAUCUAUCUUGUGUACAUAGAUGAUCUUCUGUUGAGGAAGGUGCAGUAUGUGUUAAUUUUGGAAAAGGCUGAAUUAUGUGAUGAUUCGUAAGGCAAGGUCUCAAGUACUGUUAUGUUUUAAGGGACAUAAAGGUAGACUAGAAGAAACAAACAUUAACAGGAAUUUCAGAAUAUUUUGUUACAUCUGAAGGUUGACUCAGUUUUAUUUUUCCAAUUUGAAAAUCCUUAUAUUACUUCUUUUUAGGAAGUCUGGCAUAUCAUUUCUUUAAAAAGGAACAUGGAAAAAAUAUUUCACAUUUAAUGUACAUUUGUUUCCUAAAGGAGAUUCUAGCCCUAAGCAGGAAGGCUGUAACCAUCAAUACAAUCUUACAAGCACAAGCUGCGAUCAGUUUCUUGAAAACUUGAACUCCCUCCGAAGAAGAGCAUGGUUUUAUUCUUACUAAUCAUGACACAUGUUAAGUCUUUGGUGUUUCAGCAUGUAAUCCUGUACUGUACAUGGGACUUUUUUUUCCCUGUUGGAUGUAGAUUCUGGGAUGGAGUUGCUACAGUUGUCUUUUUCCUCUCACCUCAUCUCACCAUCUCUCUACACCAUUCACAAAUGGGCAGUUGGAUUUCAGCCGUUCUAAGUUGUUACUUGAAUUAUUUUUCAUGGUACUGCAUGGCACAUCUAGACCUAUUUGGUUUAAGGAUUUGAACUUUACAUAAGUGUGUUUUCAUUGAAGGUAUUGACAUGGAAAGAGGCCCUUGAAAAUAUUGUGAGGAGUAAAAUGUAGCUACUUGACCUAUUGUGUCUUCAGUGUUUGAGUUAAUAGUUUUUCCAUGUUAUUAAACAAAGUGGAAGAUGUAUUCAAUUUUAUCCCCUCAAAAGAUCAUUUCUGCAGGCACGGAUUUCUUGAGGCUUUCCUCAGCCUCGUAUGUUGAUGGCAGCAUCUGUUCGAGUAGAAAAUUUGACUUAAUGGACAUCAAAGUAUAGUGAAAUUGUGAUGCUGCCUGCCUUAAAUCCCUUUAAGUAUGUUAUCUUUCUUCUACUUUCAUUACUUAAAUUGAAACAAGGAUGUGGGGUGGGGAGCAGAACAAAAAGGUAACCCACAACCUGCAUUUACAGCCUCUUGUACAUAGCUUUCACUUGUUUCUGUCUCCCCUCAUCCUCUGUGGUCUGCUAUUCCUAAUUGUGGUGUUUUAAUCGGAGAGACGCCUGUCAGAUCCCGAUAGUCUCCUAUGUGUAGGGUCCCCUGUACCGUUCUGUUGUCCGCCUAGCACCACCUUUACAUGCAGGGUGUACUGCACGCUUGGUGGCUCCUACUGCCUUCACCCUCACCUUGGUGCUGAAUUCUGUGAAAUUGUUUGGAUUUCAUUUGCUGAAAAAGCUCCUUAGCGUUUUCCCCAUCUUAUGGGACUUCUUAUGUAACAUGUAAUAGGCUGUUUUUCCACUUUGUUACAUACCAUUGUGUGCAAUAGGUCUUCAUGUUCUCGUGUGUUGAAGAUGACUGAAAACUUUUUUAAUGUAAGUACAGUUUUUACAUAUUUUGUUUUUUAGUUAUGUCAGUUGUAUUGGUUGAUGCCAAGACAUUUCAUCCUGUAAAAUAAAUUAACUUUUUUUGCUUUGGAGCUCUCUUUUAGGGGUCUGACAGCAGAUGAGUUCUUAAGCUUAAUGCAUUCCUGUCCCUUCUCCUUCCUGCCUUAGACUACUUCCUCUCUAGGUGAGAUGAACAAGAGGUAAAUAAAGUUGUCAUACUGAAAAAUGCAUAUGGUGUAUACAAACUGUAUAUUAUGUCUGUAAUAUUGUGGAAGAAAAUACAAAUGUGUAACUUAAAGCAUUUAAAAUGAUUAUAACGGUAUUAGUAAAAAGGUUUGAAUUUCUUUAGAGUUUUAAUCCUCUGUUCAUGUUAUUGUUUAAUAAAAUUAAGGCAACAUUUGA